UAAAGGCCAUAAGGAGCAUCGAUCCUGGAUAGAUCAUCAAGGUCGUCAUCUAAACUUGUGUGCGUGCAUGCAUGCAAUGGAGGGUGUGUUGUGGGACUUGGCGGUUGUCGGAGAGGAUCUUGUCUCAGAGCAAGGGCUGCCUCCCGGAUUUAGAUUUCACCCAACUGAUGAAGAGCUUGUCACGUUCUAUUUAGCUUCUAAGGUCUUCAAUGGCGGCCUCUGUGCCAUUGACAUUGCUGAGGUGGAUCUUAAUAGAUGCGAGCCAUGGGAACUGCCAGGUUAUACAUUCAUAAAUUAACCUAGCUAGAUAUGCAUGCAUGUGUUUAAUCCGUGAAGUUCAUCUGUACAGAAAGGGCGAGGAUGGGGGAGAGAGAGUGGUACUUCUUCAGCGUAAGGGACAGGAAGUACCCAACCGGACUGAGAACCAACAGGGCCACAGGCGCCGGCUACUGGAAAGCCACCGGCAAGGACCGGGAAGUCCACAACGCCGCCACCGGUGCCCUCGUCGGCAAGAAAAAGACCCUCGUCUUCUACAAGGGCCGUGCCCCUAACGGCGAGAAGACCAAGUGGGUCCUCCAUGAGUACCGUCUCGACGGCCACUUCUCCUGCCGUCGGACCACCGGGAGAUUUGCGCAGGUAGAAUGGGUGAUUUGUAGAAUACUCAACAAAGUAGCACCGGGAGAUCAAAAGAAGAGCCGGUUACGACAGUACUACUCCAGCAUCUCAUCGAACCCUAAUCCCCUUCCUCCACUCUAUGAUCAAAGAACCCCGAAUAUUAACGUCCUCCACAAGUCUGACCAUGCGUACCAAUUAGACGACGCCACUGAUGAUUACCCUCUUUUUCCUCUUCCAUUGUCAUCCUUUCAAUCUUCUUCUUCGAACGAUCACAGUAGUUUAUUCCUCCUCAACUCAUCGUCGCAUCAGUUAAAUAUAGCUACAACUCCACAGCAAGAGGAUGAUGAGAUACCACUGCGUUGGAAUGGAAACUGGAUCAGGAGCCACUCUAAUUGCCUGUAUGACGUUGUGCUUAACCCUAGCCCUGAUCCAGCAGACCAUCCUGAGUCCUGA